CGCCUCCUCCCUUCUCUUUCCACCACGACACCUACACCAGCAUGUCCUCAUCAUCCGCCUCCUCACCCCUCCGGCACCUCCUCACGCUCCGCUCCCGCAUCUUCCAACACACUCCUCCACCACCGCCGCACGCACCAGGCGGUCUGCGCACAGGUGCCAAGCUAUUGAAGCGACCCCUCGUCGGGCCCUCGAUGCUCAACUACUACCCACCCUCAUUGCGGCUGAGGAGUCUGGGCCUGUUCGAGAAUCCGGGUGGGGAGGGGGAAAGGUUCUUCCUACAGGAUGCAAAGGAAGUGCAGAGGUUGAAGGAUGUUGAACGCAAGAAGCGAUUAGGCAAGGGACCGCCCAAGAAGGGUGAGUUGCGCCGCGCAGUGCGAAAAGCAGCCGGGACUGACCAUGAUCAUGAAACGCACAAUUCACUCGCACGUACAGGCCAGGGACGCAGGGCUGCUAUGAAGGGCAAGAAGAAGUAGCAGUGCGGCACGGCGCAGCGCCAGCGCGGCACAGCUGUCAGAGGAGAGAGAGAGAGAGAGAAGGGUCGGAAUUCCAGCAGCG